UAUUAAUCUAUGAUAUGUCUAUGGCCGCGUAACUGCAGGGCAUAGGGCUUUAUUGUGUUUGUGAUUAUUUUGGUUAUAAUUAUUGUGCAAUGAAAUAUUAUUAGUUAGGCACACGUUGUAUGGUUAACAAUUCAACUUAGAUAUGAUGAGCAUCUAAAUGUUAAGCCGUAUAUAAAUAAAAACCUAGCAUACAAUAUCAUCCACCUGUCAUCGUGUCUUCAGCGCGGACUGCUGUUGUUCUCAGAUACCAAUAUGAUUUCGGAUGAGUCAAGCAGUGAUUCAGAAACAGGUAGAUUCAAAGGUCGAGCUAAGACUCAAGAUGAAAAGUCUUCUCAUCAAAGAGUUGAUACUUCUAGAGAUUUAGGAAGGAAUAGACAAUCUGGGCCAGACAGAUUCAAUAGAAACUUUGACAGAAAAAGAGAUGAAAGAACCCACUCGGAUAGACAUUCUAGAGAUAGGGACAGACACAGGUAUCCUAGACAUUCACCUGUAAGCAGGAGGAGACACUCCAGGGACAGAAGUCCAAAUAGAAGAUCACAUGAGCGAAAUAGGCACAAAGAAUCUAGUGAUAGAUCAAAACUUAAGGAACAUAGAAGUAGCAGUAGAGAUAGACAUAAACAUGCUGGUUCUACUUCAAGAUCCUAUAUAGGUCAUGACUAUAGAAAGGAUAAAGAACCUAAGGAUGAUUCCCGACGAAAACCUGAUCGCGAUAGAAGUCCGGAGAGGCCUGUAAGGAAACCAAAAGAGAAGUCACCAUCUCCUGAGCACAGGUCCAAAAGAUCUGAAAUAUACAUACCUCCUCCCAUGGUAGCACCAAAAAGGAAAAGUGAGAGUCCAAUUGUGAUUGAAGAGCAUGACCUGAGUGACGCCUCUGAGGAAGUACAACCUGGUUCCUACUACAGUAUGAUACCAGCUGUAGUAAAAGAAAAAUCAGAGGAAUCCAGUGAGAUUGAUUCUUCUGAUGACGAGAGACUUAGGGCGAAGCUUUUAAAUUUAGAGAAAGAACUGCAGAAAACGAAAAAAAAGAAGCAUAAAAAGAAACACAAAAGAAAAAGUUCCAAAUCCAGCAAAGACAGGGAUAGAGAUGCAUCAGCAUCAGUAGAAGUAAGUAGCACAACUGAUAUUGAUUUAAAGGCUGAUGUUUUAAAAAACGAUGUUGAGGCUGUGGAGGAAGUUUCGUCCACACAAAAAAGUGCGCAAAAGGAGAGUUGUGAAGAAGGUGAGAUAUCAAGUGAUGAUACUCAAAGUGAGAUUGAAAUAGAUCCAACAGACUUGAGGCACAAGUUGAGACGUACGGCUCCCAAAGUUGACGACAAAGCUGCUGCUGACGUAUGCGGACCGGCUCUGCCGCCACAUCUUCAGAAACGGUAUGUGAGAAGUGCCUCACCAAAUAUUGAAGGUCCAGCUCUGCCACCUCAUCUGAAAAGCACUCCUAAAAAUAUAGGACCUUCUAUCCCCGACGACAUGCGCAAAGUACUAGCUGAAAAGGAAAGAGAAGUUAUUAAAUACGAAAGUUCUGAUGAAGAUCUGGGUAUAGGCCCUUUACCCGCCGGCUCGGAAGAGAAAUGGUCCGACGCACAUCGAAGACUAGAGGAAAGAGCGCUAGAUAUCAAGAUAAAGAAUUUAGAUGGUCACUCAGAUAGCAGCAAAGUAAAGUCUAGAGAAAAAUGGAUGUUAGAGCUUCCAGAGGGUAAAGCAAAAAUAAUAGGAUUAGAGGCAAGGAGCUUUAGAGCUAAGGCAGGUCCCGAUAUGUCUGAUAGGUCGAGUUGGACAGACACGCCUGAGGAGAAGGCGCGCAAAGCCGCGGGCGUCGUGAAGGAGGAAGACGUGGAGAUGACCCUCAAGCAGGAAGCCAGGAUGCGCCACAUCGCCAACAGAGACGACGAACAAGAAUCCGCCGUCAAAAAACACAAGAAGAAACAUAAAAGAGAAGAGAGCCUUCUGGACAUGCAUCAAAAGAAGUUGAAAAAGAAGAAGAAGAAAGAGGAGCGAGAAGACGGCAAGAAGGAGCGGCGCCCGUUCAGUCGCGACGUGGAUCUUCAAGUGAACCGCUUCGACGAGGCGCAGAAGAAAUCCAUUAUCAAGAAGGCACAAGACUUGGACGGUAGAUUUUCUCGAGGCGAGGCCAAAUAUUUAUAAAGGUAUUUGGCGACAAUGUAGCACAUACAAGUAUAAAUAUGGAAUUUUAAACAGGAGUAAUACAUCUUUUGUAACAUGUUUGUAUUUUACAUUUCAUCUUUACAUUCAGAGAAUGUUACUUUUGUUUGUUAAAACGCUAUAAGAAGGAAGUAGGAAGAACUAUACUUGAUAAAUUACAUAUUUUCCUUCUUAUUUUGGUGCGCAAACAUUUUACCUCGAUUCAAAUAAAUAUUAUUUGACUAUGUAAACGUAGUGCAAUGGUUGAUAUAGAAAUCUGUAGGCGGUUGUUUUCUCGUAUUUAAGCACCAUUCGGUUUUGAAACAGUUUGAAUUAUUUAUUUCUUCCCUUGGUUUUAAUUCAAACAAUACAUAAGUACACUAUUUAAAGUUGAGUAUCUAUCAGAUUUUCUAUGUUGCGAAAAUAAUCAACAACUCUGGCACAGUACAUUUCUCACCAAAAUGCACUGAGUAGAAUUGGAAGAUGGUUCAUUAUUCAACAUGUUGAAAGAGUAAACAUUGACUGUGAAAUUAAACCACGUCGGAUAUGUAUAAUAUUUUACAGGUAUAAUUAUGUAUGUUUGGCUGUUUGAUGUUAUGAUACCGAUCCAAGCAGACACGAAUUAUACAAAAAUGAAAUAACAAAAGAUAUAAUAAUAAGCAACGGUUAUUUUAGUUAGUUAAUUAUUUUACGGAAGUAUGAAUUUUAAGUUAAACAUUCGAUUUUCGAUUUUAAUAAAGUUUUAUCAUUAUGAAAUAUCAGAGAAACAAGUAGUUUUUAAACGUUUUUGUUGUUAAAGCAAAGUUCUCACUCGAUAUUCGCAGUUUAUCUCGAAAGUAAUGGACCAAUAGGUUGGUUAACAUAAUUCACAAAUUAUAUUUAGGUAAUGUGUUUCUACUGCACGGUUCCACAAAAUAUGCUCUGUGCGACCGGAGAGCUCACAGUAAACCGUGCCGAGCUCUAUGUCAAUGUAUCAAAUAAAUCCAUCGACUUUUUGAUAUGGGCCCCGCGAUGGCUUAUCCGGCACACCACGAGGCAUUGUUGUAGAUUCAAAGGUAUUGUUAUGACUUCUGCCGAAACAUUAUCCUUCGCUUUGUUAUGACAAGAAAUAUAAGCAAAGGCCCUUGCAACUCAAAUUGUUUAGUUUCAAAAUUAUUGUGUCUGUAAACAUAUUUACUUGUUCUAAAAAAUAGCAAUAUUAAAAAUGAUUGUAGUACCUUCAAAAUUACCUCUGUUAUUAAUAUGAUAUAAGUAGUUCUGUAUUCCAGCCUGCUUGGGUUGCAAUAUGUUUAUAAAUCGUAGUCAUUUAACAGUUUGUAUUGAAAUGAUGUACAAAACUAUACAUACUCAACAGAAGCUAAUUGUAAAUAUACGGUUUUACCUGUA